CUGAAUUGUUGGGAAUGAGUUUUGAUCUAGCCUUUUGAAAGAUGAAAUUUUACUACUUCCAAUACUAUUAUACCAUAAAAGUAUUUUCAGCUUAAAGCCGUAUAGAUAGGUCUCCAUACUUGGUGAAUAGGUUACGUUAUUAUCAAUCAAAUUUGUUGUAUUCUCCCUUAAAAACCAUUGCCUUUAAGUAAUGCUACUUCAUAUCGAAACAGGUGUCGUGUACCAUGAAAUAAUUAUGAUGUGAUGGAUAUUUGUAGUUGGUCGCAGAUUUUAAAUAAUGCCCUGGAAAAGCUAUUUUUAACUACUUCUAUACAGGCUAGAUCAACUUUGGAAUAAUUUAAUCAUGAUGAUUUCAAACAAUUGUUCAUUCUUCGGUCAAUGAAUGCAUACAAUACACCUACUUUUUCUUGUUUAUUUCUCCAGGAUUAUGGAUAUAUUUUCAUGCUAUAAAAAAGAUGAUAUACCUUUUGUUCGGAUUUCUGCUCCUAUGGUUCGAUAUACAAAAUUACCAUUCCGUUUACUACUUCGAAAACAUAACGUUGAUUUAGUUCAUACACCCAUGAUACUGGCUAAUUCAUUUAUUCGAUCAGAGAAAGCAAGAAACGUUGAGUUUACAACUUGUUCAAAUGAUCGACCGUUGAUUGUACAACUUGCGUCAAAUGAUCCAUGUGAAUUUGCUAUAGCCACGGAAAUGCUUGCACCAUAUUGUGAUGGAAUUGACUUAAAUUGUGGUUGUCCUCAACCCUGGGCGAUAGGUAGUGGAUUAGGAUCAGCACUAUUAAAAGAACCUGAAAAAGUUGCCAAUAUUGUACAUGCCGCUCGAAAUACGAUUCCGCGAUGGCGUAAUUCUCACAUGGAAUGUUGUAAAAUGUUAGACUGUAUAGAGGAUUCAAAUAAAAAUAACGAAGCAGAAAAUAAAUUUAGGUCUAUAACACGAUCUCAUGGUCCAUUCUCAAUUUCUGCUAAAAUCCGUAUACCAACUACAAGUAAUAGAUCUGUUGGAGAAGGAAGUUCAUGCGAUCCAAUCAAACUUACCGUUGAACUUGUCCGACGUUUAUCUGUAAUGGGUGUUGACUGGGUUACACUACAUGCAAGAACACCUCAACAACGUAGCAGGGACUGUGCUUCAUGGAAUGUGGUUCAAGAAUUGGUCGACUGUAAAAUUAAACAUUCUUACUUGGGUACUGAUAUUCCAAUAAUACUGAAUGGUGAUGUCCGUGUACUAAACGAUGCAUAUUGUGCUCAGGAAAUGACCGGUUGUCAUGUUUUAGACUGGUGCGAUAGUUUUGGACUUCAAGAUACUCAAUUACGAUACGUAUUCAACAAAAUUUUAAAUAAAGAAUAGCAGCGGUAUAUCACAAAAAUCAUAAAUCAAUUUAUAGACCUUUUACAGAAGGUUUGGGGAAUUGCACUACAAUGAAAGUAAAUCUUCACCUGGAAAAAUAUGCAAAUCCAGCGUUCCGACAAAAAAAAUCAGUACCUUAUACAUCAUUACUGUAUGUGGACGCAGAACUCCAACACCUAGAAAAACAAGGUGUUCUAUCACCAGUUUCAUUCUCAGUUUUGGCAGCCCUUAUAAUAGUCACCAAGACACAAAAUGGUACAUUGUGGGUCUGCGUAGACUUUUCGACGGGAUUAAAUGCUGCUCUAAAACAACACCAUAACCUUUUACCAAUUCUGGAUGGUCUUUAUCGGUGAAAGCUACUUUGCAAAACUAGAUCUAGCUGAAGCCUAUCUCCAUGAAGAGGUCGACUAUUGAUGCCGUGAGUUACUGACCAUAAAUACAUCGAAGUUUAGUUCACUAUAAUCAACUGUUUUUUGGAGUGAAGAUGGUAUCAGCGAUAUUCCAGCAACUAACUGGUAUUACAAAUAUAGUCGUUUAUUUAGACGAUAUAUUCAUGGUUACAACAUCCUAAGAAUUAUAUGACCGACUAAAAAUCUGUGAAGUACCCCAGGUUUAUAUUUGUUAGUUUUCGACAACGCUCUGACCCUGAAAAUAUCCAGACUACCAAGAAAAUGUCUGCCCCAUACGAUCCGCCGACUCUACGUUCGUUAUUACUCCUCAUUUUUCCCUUCCCUACAUGAAAAGCGAACACUACUUAAUCAUAUACCUGGAAAGAAUAUCAAAAGGGAAACGAACAGAACAGUGCCAAGUAGCUUUUGAAGAAUUGAAAGCACUACUUGGAUCUCAUUUUCUACUAACUCAUCACGAUGCCACUAAUAGUUGCAGCAGAUGGAUCUGUAUAUGAUGUGGUAGUUUCACACAAAUUUUCAAUGGAAAAAACAGUAAUGCACUCAUCCAGAUCACUAAAAAAGGCGGAAAAACGCUAGUGUUAGAGCAAAAGGAAGCAUUGGCAACUGUUUCUGCUGUACGGCGCAUUUCGCAAACCGACUUCACAGAUUACGCAGACGAGUCUCAUGGAUGCAAUGAGAGCCCUUUCCAAAACGGCUUGCCAGGUAGCAGAUACUACAAAGAGGGAAACGUUUCAACGGGAGAUUCAUUACCUUUAAAAUAAACGUCCAUCGUCCUUAGGAGAAUAAAACACCUACUCCAGCAAUGGUAAUCUCUGCGCUCAGUUGGAGAAUCCCUUAUGUUUGGAGAACGUGUAAUGAUAUCACCAGAUUUACAGGAGAGCAUAGUAUAGAAAGAAGUUUCAAGAAACUAUUUUUCUUCAUCUUGCUGAACAUUCUGAGCAGUUUUCAAAGGUGAUCCUACCGAUCGUAUGUACAUAGUAUCUGGAUUUUCGCGCCUUUUCCGUUCUGAUUGACUUGCCCCUAAUGUAUACUCCCACCCAUGAAUUUUAAUACUUGCACCAACUAGUUAUAAUCCGCCUUCCACUAAGUUUCCCCUGUUAUCCUUGGUGAUGUCUUCUUGUCACAAAUAGCACCUCUGCACUCGUUAAUUGUAGCCACCACGACUACUGUUUCUGACAUGUUGACUUGAAGUGGAUACGUUUGGUAGUUGUAAUACGUAUAUUCUAAGAUUUUGCUGUUGAGCUACACUAAACAUCCGUAGCCGUGCACUGAAUCACACAAUCUGCACCAGGAGCGUAUUUUCCUUGUAAUUUAGCUCGAGCACCAUCUUAUGUUGACUGUUUGGUUGCACGACAGGUGUUUUUGUCGAUUUCGCGGAUUUUAAGAACCAAACAUUGCUAUAUUUCACUUAGCUCAUAAUAGCGAGUUAUCCUCCACAGUGCAAAAUUUAUGAGGCCUAUCUCGAGGCUAUCAGUAGUGUAUUUCAGCUCUUUAUAUAUAAAUAUAUAUCAAUAUUUGGAAACCCCUAAGGAAUUGUUCUAAAUCAUUUACUUAUUUCAGGUGUUAUGGUUGGCAGGGCCUUGUUGAAAUUCCCACAUCUUUUUACUCCAAAUUAUAUCGAGGAUGAAAACUCACUUCGCUAUUUAUAUGAAGAUUGGUUACUUUUAUCUACACAAUAUACAGGAGGCACAAGUUUUGUAACUGUUCAUCAACAAGCAUAUUGGAUGAUGGAACCAUUUCUGGACAAAACAAAUAGAUUAAUUUUGCAUAGUAUUGGAAGUUUCCAAGGUUUAGUCGAUUGGCUUUUUAAAUAUUUCAAGACAGAAAACAGCUGAUUUGUAUAUUUUCUUUGUACAGUAAAGCAUUUCCCACCUUAAUUGUCAACCUAUUUUCUUACAAUUAUUCUCAGAGUAAAUACAGCUGUUUCUAGAUGACGAGUUUAGGUGAAUGAUAGUGAUUAAAGUUAUUUUAUUCAAUGACCAUGCUGGAAUACUUUCUUCCCAUAUAGUUAGUGGAAGACCACAUGCAACAAAAUUCGUAUGAAUGAGAUCAUUUAUAUUACUAAACUAUUUACAGGCCAUUUGUUACAUAUAUUUAAUCGUUGCAUUCUUAAUUUCAUAUUAACAAUUCUUUUGUACAUGAAUCAAACUAAUGGCAACAGAGAAAUCCUCUCAACAACACAGUCGGUAUAGAGAAAUAUAAAAUCGACUGACCCACUAUCUCGUAGUUUAUACAAUAAUCUACAGAUAUCGGAUGUGAAACGUGUAAACAUUCCCCCACCUACUUCAGUCGCCUCAUGUUAAAAGAAUCACUAUAUACUUUGCCCCAUUUGCUCAAAACACCAAAACAACACUAGAAUGGGACAACUAUCUGCUCAUCUUCUUUAUGCUGUUAACUAUAAAAUACCCCAACGCUGCAAUGCGUACCACUUGGCAACAGAAUACUGGACAUUCUAACAACCGACUAUGCUGAUAACUCGUUAGUUGAUCACACUGAGCCUCAAAUGAUGUUAGUCAAUAUCACAAUAUAGUCAAAGCAGAGUUGUUGAAUAAAAAACUGAUGUAGAUGCCAAACAAAAAAUACAUCGGAACGCUACUUGUUUAUCGUACCUAACCAGCUGCUAUUAUAUAACGUACAAGUCUGAUAACACUGACUGCUAUCUAUUUUCUACAAAAUGUACCCUGACAACUGCUAAUGGGUUCAUACAACCAUUCGGACGACAUCCAUCGCAAAUGAAAAUAUUAGGAACUGCAAAUGAAUGUAUUAUUUGAUAUGUAGUGCGACUUUUGAAAGUCAAAUAAUAAGACCUAAACGGAUUUUAUCUCUGUAAAACUAAAGCUUCUAUGGGUUUUUGU